UGUUCAUCAUUUAGAAUUGGUUUUAUUUUAUUUUUUUUUUAUAAAUUUUUUUUUAAUUAUUUUCAUUUUAUAUUGUAUUUAAAACUUGUUAAUGGCCACCAUUAUCAUCAUCUUGAUAUUUAAUAUAAAUAAUAAUAACCGUUGGCCAUGUCCUCGAUCAUAUUUAAUAGAAUGAUGCAUCAAAUACCGGCCAACGAAGCCUGUGAAACUGAAGAAGAAGUUGAAGAAGAUAAUUAUAAUUUUAAUAAUGCAGAUGUUGAUUCAAAAUCAUAUCUGGUCAAUUUAUAUAAGAAUCUGAAAAAUUGCAACUAUUUUCUAAAUAGUUUAAUCGUCAAUGAACAAUUGGACUAUGUUGUGAUAUCAUUGUUCAAAAAUCAUCAAUUCAGUUUCGGUAUCAAAUUGUUCGAUUCCGAUACAGUAUUCGAACGAGUCCAUUUUACCUGUGAAGAUAAUCAUAUUGUUGAUUAUAUCGAUAAUGAAGAGCUGCCACCGAAAUUGAUAGAUGUGAUAGAAAUGUUUGAUUUUAAAAAUAUCUACUAUAAUGGUUGUAUUAUUACCGAAAUACGUGAUUAUCGUCAAUCAUCGACAGAUUUUUUCAAUUCAUAUUUCAUUUUAUUAAAGCCAACUAGUUUAAGCCUUUAUAAUGAUGUAAAAAAGAUCAUUGGAUUGACAAACAAGAAUUAUAUAUGGACAAAUACAUCUAGACUGAAAUUGGAAUCCAAAUUGAUCUAUCUAACAUCGCCAAAAUUAUGUCUUGAUCCUAAUCCAUGUAUAGGCAUUUUAUCGAAAAAAUUAUCAAGAAAAAAAUUAAUAUUUGGUAACAAAUUAUUCUUAAGACUGCCAAGAAAAAGACUCAAAACAAUAAUCACUAAUGAUCAAUCAAAAGAAUUUAGAUUACUCAAUUUUUUGAAAACCAAAAAACCAACUACAUUCAUACAGCAAAAAAUGAAACCAAAUUCAGCUGCAAUUGAAAGCCAGAUGAAAAUAAUGCAAACUGAAUAUAAAGAUGUAGAAAAAUUGGCUAAACAAUUGAUCGAACCGAAAGAUUGCCAAUCGAAUGUUGAAUUAAUGAAAACUGAAGAAUAUCGAAUGGAAUUUUUAGACACAACCGGAACAAUUAUAACAUUGACCAUAUUUCGUCGACCAUAUGAUGAUGUUUAUUUUGGUAAUAUUAUCAACAUGAAGAAUGGUGAUUCUAAAUCGGCACCAAAUUUUUAUCUUGGUCCAAAAGAAAUGAAACGUCGUUAUAUCGAACAAUUUAUUGAAACAUUUUCAGAGAAUGGAAAAAAAAUGAUUAAAAUUACUCAACGAAUCGGCAAUGAAGAACCAAAAGUGAAACAUACUCAAGCUGUUGAAAUGUAUCUGUUACGGCAGCAAAAUUUAGCAAAAUUAAAAGUUGAACAGCAGCAACAACAACAACAACAGCAAUCGAAUCAACAAUCUCAAAUUAUUACAAUGAAAAACAAUGAAUCAAACAUUCAACAGCAUCAGGCUUCUAAACAAACUAUCAUUUUGAAUUCAUUGAUCAAUAAUAAUCAUCAAAUUCAUACUACAAAUGUUUCUAGUGAUAAUACAGGAACGAUAAUCACGACAACUACCGUUUCAUCAUCAUUACCAUCAUCAUCAUUACCAUUAUCAGCAUCAUCAGCCAUAAACAAUACCUCAACAAUGACGAAAUUGACUCCGAAUCAAAUUGUGAUAAAACAUUCAAAUUUAAAAUUAAUUCAAGCAGCUAAUUCGAAUGUCAUCAAUAAAGAAGUGAUCAAUAACAAUGAAAAUAAUCAUCAUUCGACAUCUAUGAUUUCUUUGAAUACGACAACUAAUACAACGAAUAUUAGUAAUCAACAAUCGACAAUUCAAUCACAUCAUCAUCAUCAUCAUCAUCCUGUGCAGCAACAACAGCAGCAGCAGCCAGUAUUGUUGAAUGUAAGCACAACAGCCACCGGUCAAUAUCAUCAAAAUGGAACACAACAGAUACCUAUACGUAUACCACUUUCAUUUUCAUUACAACAAUUAAAAUCUGGCCAAAUUGCAUUAGUUCCAAAUACAAAUCUAAAUACAAAUUCAUCGACAACAACAGGUACUACUGCUGGUACAGUUGCUAAUGUUGUUCAAAUGACAAAUACAACAAAUUCACAACAAAAUGUUCCGGUUACAUUUACAAAUGAUGUUAAUAACCGUCAUCAUCAUCAUCAUCAUCAUCAUCAUAAUCAAGAUCAAUUACAACAGCAAACCAACAACAAUAGUAAUGAAAUUCAAUCAUCAAAUAGUACUAAUACCACUACUGCUUCUACUACUACUGCUAAUAAUAAUAAUAAUGUAACCUAUGUUCCAGCCAAUGUCAAUUUUAUUCUACAAGGAAAUCAAGUUUUCACUAGCAAGAUUGGUUGAAAAUAUAAAUAUAUGGACCACUUUGCAAUCAUCAUUAACAACAAAAUUGGGGGUUGGGAAAAACUAGAAACUAUAUUGGAAUUAUAUUAUGUCGUUCAGAAUUGAAAUUAUUCUUUUGUGUAUGUGUUUGUCUGUGUUUGUCUUUGUUUGUUUGUUUGUUUGUCUUUG